CAGCUCCGGAGUCCCUUGUAUCGUCAGUCUCUCGCUAGCCGUCAAAGAGGAAACAACAGCUCUUCCAAGAUGGUGUCAUCAAGUGUAUGUGUGGUGGUGUUGGCAGUGGUGGCAGCGGUGGGAGCUGACCCCGUUUACCCUCAGCCUUGCUACCCCAAGACCCAGUAUGUCACCCAGUACCAGACGCAGGUCCAGCAGGUACCAGUGUACAAGACCAUCUACAAGCAGCAGCUCAUCCCCACCACCCUCUACAAGACCGAGUACCAAACCCAGUACCAAACUGAAUACCAGACAGAUUAUGUACCCCAAUACGUAACCCAAACCGUUUACAAAACCCAGGUAGAGUACGUCACUCAGUACCAGACCGUGUAUAAAACCCAAUACAACACGCAAUACGUCACUAAGACCCAGUACAUCCCAGAAUACAUCACUCAGACCCAAUACCUAACCAAGUACGUUACACAGACCCAGUACCAGACCGUGUACAAGACCGACUACGUCCCCCAGUACGUCACCAAGACCGAGGUGCAGUACCAGACCCAGUACCAGACCCAAGUGGUCCCAGAGUACCACACGGUCACUAAGACCCAGCAGACCUACAAGACCGUGUGUCCCAAGCCUGCUUACGGCUACGACUACGGAUAUUAAGGCUCUGAACACCGGAUCUGGAGGCUCCAUGCACUAACCCCCAACCCCAAGACAAUUGCUAUUUUGUUAAAUUCUAUCCCCCUGUGUACUUACUGUAAAUGUUCUUGUAUAAUAUUGUAGGAUAAACUGGAUUUUAUGGUUUAAGUUAGGCAAUAAACUGCAGAUUAAC